UAGGCACAUAGGUACCUAUAUAAGUAUAUAUAAGUUCAUGCGAUUGUUGCCUAAAAUCAGUUGACUGUUACCAUUUUUACUGAAUUGGUCAAAGCAACAUUAAACAUGUUCAAAUGGGUUAUUUAUUUAACCCUUCUGUGUAUAACGGAUUUCGUGGUUUGUAAACCUGACUACAAAUAUCAUGAAGAUGUGAACGGUUGGUUUAAAUUCCAUACAGUUCCAACGACGUGGCAAGAUGCCUUCCUGCAGUGUCAUUAUGAAGGAGCAGUUCUUGCUUCACCGCUCAAUGCAGACUUUGUAUCUGUUAUAUCAGAUAUAAUGAGCGAUGAAGAUGCAUUAGGUAUUUUCAUUGGAUCGAAUGCAUUGUUCUCUGGAGGGGACUACAUUUCUGUCGAAGGAGUACCGUUAUCCGACAUGCCGGUGACAUGGGAGAGACGCUUUGAUAAGCAGAAACCUGGCAAUUGUUUAUCUUAUUAUUAUGAAAAAGUUAGUCCUGUAAGUUGUACAACAUAUCUGCCGUACCUUUGCUUCAGGAACAAAGACAGAUUUGCAAGACUUAAUGGAUGCGGCACUUUUGACCCUAAGUACCGCCUCAGUAUGACACCAGGGAAUGAGAGAUGUUACAAGUUCCACAGCGAGUUCAGGACAUGGAGCGAGGCGCACAGAAUAUGCCUGGCCGAAGGUGGCCACCUGGCCAUCAUUAACGACCAGGUUGAAGCCACCACCAUCAGGGAUAUGAUUCCAACAGAGUGGAGUGGGGUGGAGUGGUUUAUUGGGUUACGAAAGUGGAAUCAGGAUACAUGGCUAACUAUUCACGGACAAACAUUGGAGAAGUUAUACCACAACUGGAAUGCUGAAUAUAAGAGCAAAACACAGACAUCGUAUGGUAUUUUCUUAACAGAUGGAAGUAUAGGCGAGUACGAAGACACUUCGGAUGGCUUACCAUUCAUUUGCGAGAAGGAUCCUUACACUUCCCGCUUUCAAAUGGUACCUGAAUAAUAUUUGAAGAUGAAGACAAUUGAUUAAAGAUAUAUUAA